AUGAUGCGGGCAUACGGCUCUGCCGUAUUUGCCAUGGUCAUCACUGCUGUUCUGGCAGUCACUCUGGAUGAGAUCUCUGAGGACCACACUGAUUUGGUUCUCACAAAUAAAGUGAAGUGGGAGUCACAUCUCCGUUCCUUCGAUCAUCCCUUGCAUGCUGUCAUCAGCAAUGAGACUAAUCUGAUACCACUGACUGUGAGGACCACUCGGCGAAAACGUUGUUCCUGCGGAUGCUCUGGAUGCGAUCUCUUCCCCGGUCGGGCGUGCUGUAGUAGUGAGUGCUGUGGUAAUGCUCCGCUACCCCUUGCCUGCUGUCCACCACCUCCGCCACCGAAACCCUGUUGUCAGCCGGCCUAUGGGCCAUGCUGUCCUGCAACCCCUGAUUGUUGUCCCAAUCCGUGUUGCAGAGGGCAACGACCAGAGAUUGAAGAAGAAGAAUACGAAGAGCCUCCGAGAGAAGGAGCAGGGCCACCAGUAACUCCACCAGGAAAUCCGCCUCGCUCAUGUUGUCCACCUCAAACUCCUCCUGCACCUCCACCACCACCUCCACCUCCUCCACCUCCACCAGAACCGCCUACGCCAUGCUGUGAAAACGAGCCGCCACCGCCAAGAACGCCUUGCAAUCAAUGUCCUGGUGGAAAUUGUGGUUGUGCCCGACCCUGCUGCUACUAUCAAAAUCCGUCAUGCUGCAAUCAGGGGAAGCCAUGCUGUCCACCACAGCCACCACCACUUCCCUGUUGCCCAGCAAUUCCUUUGCCAGAUGUGCGGUGUCUGGCUACGGUACCUCCUUGUUUGAGAGCUUGUCCAACCUGCCCCUGCCGUAAGAGAGUAAUGUUGGGGAAACGUGCCAAACGACAUGAUGCUCUACACUGUCAACCUGGUGCCCAAGCUCCAGCCGCAACAGUCGAAGAACCCGCUCGUGCCGCUGGUACUCCUACGAAGAUCACUCGUAAAGUGAAAAUCGUCACCGAGUCUGAGGAUAGCGUAGAGGCACCACCCCGUGCUGGACGGCUAUAUGAGGAGGACCGCCGAGCUCGAAGAGUGAAGCGAAGCGGAUGUUCCAUAUGUAUAAAUGGUCGUCCGAUCGCAAAACGUACGAAACGUUCCUUUGAUUGCGUCCCUUGCACGUACCUUCAGCCAACAGAAAGCAUCAACAAUCCCUUUGCCGUUCAAGCAGCACCUGUCUCCCCUGUUGGAAUUCUGCCAGCACAUCUUCGAACGAAACGGGCAGGGUGUCUCCCCCACCCGCAAUGCAUGCUGGCACCACGAAGAGCUAGAAGAAAUAUUGAAUCGCAAUACUGUGAACCAUGCAGUGGAGGAUAUUACGGAAGGAAGAAGCGAGAAGCUGAGAUAGACGAGUGCCGGCGACGGGAUAAACGUGCCACGAGUCCCAACUGUGAAGUGGAUGAGUUCCUUGUGAGCAGAAUGAAACGACAAGCUUACAAUCCGUCUGGAAUCCUUGACAUUGUCAAGCUACUCAGUAAAACUAUGGGUGAAGGAGGCGGUCCCGGUGGUUGUAUGAAAUUCCCAGCAUGUGUACUUGCCCAGAAGAAACGACGAAAGCGACAUGCAGAGAGGGUGGAGCAGUACCAUAAGGAGGUGGCAGCUCAUAAGCAAGCAAUGAAAGAACACGAAGAGCAGCACAUCCGUCAAAAGCGUCAGUUCUUCUCUCCAGACGCCGGCGCGGGCUGCGUACCAUGUCCAGCAUGGGUUACUCUGGCGUUGAUGAGUCGUAAGAAGCGGUCUACGAAUUCAACAGAAGAGUCUGAAGAUGAGCCGCCUCCCAGAAUGACUUUAUCGGAAGCGAUCGCCGACAUUCGACGCAGAGCUGGAUAUAAGCUAGGCUUUCAUGUGGGUUUUCCUUUGUUGAAGAUUGAGCUUAUGGAUGACGACAAAUCACCACGUCGUAAACAGGGCAAGUGUGAUCAGACGGAUGACUGCUUGAAUGAGGUGGAGUACGCCAUUUUCAAGAAGGUCUACCACAACACACGAGUCAAGCGAGAGCAGGAUUGCAAUAUCUGUACACCGGAUCUCAAUCGUAAGAGAAAGAAACGUACUGCGGAUUUACCGGUGAGAUAUAUUUAA